CGAAGCACAUCCGACUGGGGCUAUGUUGGAGAUCUGGUGGAGGAUGAUGACAAGAUAGGUCUUUACAGCUACAAGGUUCAAUCCACCAUAACGUCUCGGUUGGCCAACACGAUGAUCCAAGCCAAAAUGGUGAAUAAUGCAAAACGGCCCCAGCACAUAGUGUUUGAUGUACAGGUCCCCAAAGGAGCUUUUAUUGACAACUUUACUAUGGAUAUCAAUGGGAUAACAUUUACCAGCCAAAUUCGGGAAAAAUCCGAAGCCAGAAAAAUGUAUGCUCAAGCAAAGGCCAAAGGCAAAGCUGCUGGAAUAGUAAGGAGCAAUGCCUUGGAUAUGGAGAACUUCAAAACUGAAGUGAACGUGCCCCCGGGGAUGAAGAUCCAGUUUGAACUUCACUACCACGAGAUGAUUCGAAGGAAACUGAGCUCCUACGAGCACACCAUCUCUGUGAGGCCAGGUCGCUUGGCAAAGCACAUGGAGGUGGAUGUCCGGAUCAUCGAGCCCCAGGGGCUUCGCUACGUGCAUGUUCCUAACUCCCUCGGGGACCAUUUCGAUGGACUCGCCACCAUCUCCAAGGGAGAGAAAAAGGCCCAUAUUUCUUUCAAGCCAACCAUGACUCAACAACGAAAGUGCCCCACGUGCUCCUCCACAGCAGUAGAUGGAAAUUUUGUGGUGCAAUAUGAUGUGAACAGAGAUACCACGGGUGGAGAACUGGAAAUUUUUAAUGGCUAUUUUAUUCACUUCUUUGCUCCGGAAAAUCUUGAUCCUCUGCCCAAAAACAUUUUAUUUGUUAUAGAUGUCAGUGGCUCGAUGUGGGGACUGAAAAUGAAACAAACCAUCGAGGCCAUGAAGGCAAUACUGAGUGAGCUCCGUGCUACUGAUCAGUUCUCCCUGAUCGACUUCAACCACAACGUCCGAUGCUGGAGAGAUAACCUGGUCUCAGCCACCCCAGCACAGGUGGAGGAUGCCAAGAAGUACAUCCAGACAAUCCAUCCCAAUGGGGGCACAAAUAUCAACGAAGCUCUUCUCCGAGCCACAUUCAUCCUGAGCGAGGCCCAAAACUUAGGCAUGUUGGACCCUAACUCAGUCUCCAUGAUCGUAUUUGUGUCUGAUGGAGACCCAACAGUAGGUGAGCUGAAGCUGACGACGAUCCAGAAGAACGUGAAGCAGAGCAUGAAGGAUGAGUUCUCUCUCUUCUGCCUGGGGAUUGGGUUUGAUGUAGAUUACGAUUUCCUGCAGAGAAUCGCCGUCGACAACCGCGGCAUGGCCCAGAGGAUUUUUGGAAAUCAGGAGACUUCUGCCCAAAUGAAGAAUUUCUACAACCAGGUCUCCACCCCACUCCUAAAGAAGAUUCAGUUCAACUACCCCCAGGAGUCAGUGUCAGAUGUCACCCAGAGCAGCUUCCACAACUACUUUGGUGGCUCGGAGAUAGUAGUGGCUGGGAAGGUGGACACAGACAACCUCCAGCACCUGGAAAGCAUCGUUACAGCCACAGCGGCCAAUGCUGAGCUUGUCAUGGAAACCCUGCGAGACGUCGAAGAGCUGGAUGGCUUCAUGAAGAAAGACAGAUAUGCAGAUCCUGAAUUCACUAAAAAGCUGUGGGCCUAUCUGACUGUCAACCAGAUGCUGGCAGAGAGAAACACAGCCCCCACUGCAGCUUUGAAGAGGAACAUCACCAAAUCCAUCCUACAGAUGUCUCUUGACCACCAUAUUGUUACCCCCUUCACAGCCAUGCUGAUAGAGAACGCCGAAAAGGACGAGAUAAUGCUGGCAGACCAGCCCAAAGACCCCAGAAGGGGCUGCUGCUCAGGUACUCUGGGAUUAACUCCAAAUGCACCCAAUAAUAACAAAGGUAUCCCAGCCUGGGCCAACAUCACCGCCGUGCCAGUCAGCUACACGCCUGAGCAAAGGAGUCCUCCUGUGUCCUCUCUGAGCAUAAACAGAG